GGGAAGCCGCGCCCCCAGGCCCAGCCCGGCGCAGAAGCCCGGCCUCGGAGCCCAUCGCCCGGGCCCUACUGGGCCCUACUGGCCCCUCGGCCGCCACCCCAGCGCCGCGGCCGCUCCCGCCGCCCAGGGCCGCGAACCCGCGCCCAUCCCGCGGUCGGGGGCACCCCGCCCUCUUCGCCGUGACGAAUCGGCUCCCGGCUGGGACACUAUCCAAACUCGAGGAGUUUUGAGGAAACUGUACGGCCUGAAAAAAAAAUCCUUGACUCUACUAAGCAUCGCCGCAUCCUCGCCAGAAGGGUUAUUUUUCGAAAGCGAGCCGGGCGCGGCCGGGAGAGAAAUCGAGCCGAGUGUGGAAAGUGCGAGCGCGGAAGCUCCGGCGCGAGGGGCGGGGCGAGUGCGGGACAAAGGGAAGCGAAGCCGGAGCUGCGGGCGCUUUUUCGGCCCGCGGCACUUUUGAAGCUGUUUACCAAUAUAAGGAAACGAGAAGUUCAUCAUCCUACCCAGUUUCCUUUUACACUGCCUCCAGGAAUAAAAGACUGCUCUAUUUAAACAGAAGUUCUCAUCCCAAAAGCAAGUGUCUCAGAUUCAUUCUUAAGGAACUGAGAACUUAAUCUUCCAAAAUGUCAAAAAGACCAUCUUAUGCCCCACCUCCCACCCCAGCUCCUGCAACACAAAUGCCCAGCACACCAGGGUUUGUGGGAUACAAUCCAUACAGUCAUCUCGCCUACAACAACUACAGGCUGGGAGGGAACCCGGGCACCAACAGCCGGGUCACGGCAUCCUCUGGUAUUACGAUUCCAAAACCCCCAAAGCCACCAGAUAAGCCGCUGAUGCCCUACAUGAGGUACAGCAGAAAGGUCUGGGACCAAGUAAAGGCUUCCAACCCUGACCUAAAGUUGUGGGAGAUUGGCAAGAUUAUUGGUGGCAUGUGGCGAGAUCUCACUGAUGAAGAAAAACAAGAAUAUUUAAACGAAUACGAAGCAGAAAAGAUAGAGUACAAUGAAUCUAUGAAGGCCUAUCAUAAUUCCCCCGCAUACCUUGCUUACAUCAAUGCAAAAAGUCGUGCAGAAGCUGCGUUAGAGGAAGAAAGUCGACAGAGACAGUCUCGCAUGGAGAAAGGAGAACCUUACAUGAGCAUUCAGCCUGCUGAAGAUCCUGAUGAUUAUGAUGAUGGCUUUUCAAUGAAGCAUACAGCCACCGCCCGUUUCCAGAGAAACCACCGCCUCAUCAGUGAAAUCCUUAGUGAGAGUGUGGUGCCAGACGUUCGGUCAGUUGUCACAACAGCUAGAAUGCAGGUCCUGAAGCGACAGGUCCAGUCCUUAAUGGUUCAUCAGCGAAAACUAGAAGCUGAACUUCUUCAAAUAGAGGAACGGCACCAGGAAAAGAAGAGGAAAUUCCUGGAAAGCACAGAUUCAUUUAACAAUGAACUUAAAAGGUUGUGUGGUCUGAAGGUAGAAGUGGAUAUGGAAAAGAUUGCAGCUGAAAUCGCACAGGCUGAGGAGCAGGCCCGCAAAAGGCAGGAGGAAAGGGAGAAGGAGGCAGCAGAGCAAGCCGAGCGCAGUCAGAGCGGCAUUCCUCCUGAGGAAGAACAAGUGGCAAACAAAACCGAGGAGAAGAAAGAUGACGAGAACAUUCCAAUGGAGACAGAGGAGGCACACCUUGAAGAAACGACGGAGAGCCAACAAAAUGGUGAAGAAGGAACGUCCACUCCAGAGGACAAGGAGAGUGGGCAGGAGGGGGUGGACAGCAUGGCGGAGGAGGGGACCAGUGAUAGUAACACUGGCUCAGAGAGCAACAGUGCAACAGUGGAAGAGCCACCAACAGAUCCCAUGCCAGAAGAUGAGAAGAAAGAAUAAUUGUUGCCUUGUUUUAUGUGUCCUAAAUACUUUUUUAAAUGAAAAAAAAUGUUUUUUGGUUUUAAUGGUG